GGGAGGUCUGAUUCUUUCAGAGCGUUCUUCCGGCUUACAUGUUGGAAAAAAGAAAAGACGAAUGGAAAAAACUGUAAUCCACAAAACGACCAUUGCCUAGUAACUCCGCGAUACGGUCAUAAAUAGUUAAAAAUGAGCUCCCAGCAAUUCCCCCGACACGGGCUGCCUCCUUCCAGCGGGGGAGCACCUCAGAUCCCGGCUGCUGGAAACCUUGUGUCUGUCAGUCAGCCUUCAAAUGCUCCAGCUGGUGCAGAUGCUGACAGCAGCAGGGAUGCUGACCAUGGGCAGCAGGAUCAUCCACCAGCCGGAGGAGGGGGAACCUUGGCAUUCAGAGAUGACAAGCAGGAGACCAUGGUGGUCAGACCUUAUCCUCAAAUGCAGACGCAUGGCCAGCCACAAGCUGCUCCCCAGACAGUACCCAUCCAGCCUGGCACACCUGUGACUGUACCUGCCCCCCCUGUCCACCUCCCACAGGGCCAGCCUACAGUCCUCACUGAGGGACAGAUGAAGGCUGUUCUUAAGUCACCUAUGCAGAGUCGUCCUAUUGCCCCAGCACCAGCUUCCAACCAGGCUCAUAUCCCUAUACCCCCCAAGGUGCCUGGUCACAUUACUGUCACCAUAGAGAGCAGUAUUGCUCCUACCCCAUCUAUUCCUGUGGCAACCAUCAGUGGUCAGCAGGGUCACUCCAGCAACGUACACCACCUAAUCAUUAGGGGCAGUGCCCCUGCACUGCAGAUUGGCACCCCUACCGUCCCUUCCCAGACCUUCACAUCCCAUUUACCCAGAGGGGCUGCUGCAGCUGCUGUUAUGUCCAACUCCAAAACUGUUCUACGGCCAGCUGCUGGAGCAAAUGCGGGCCCUGGCCAGCCCACAGUGCAGCACAUCAUCCACCAGACUAUUCAGUCCCGCCCUGCUGUAACAACCUCUACAGCUGUGCUUCCAACUGUGGUGGCUCCCAUCUCAGCAACUAGAACACAGUCCCCAGUUAUCAGUCCAACUGUUACACACUCUGCGGAGGUAUCCCAUGGGCGUCCAGGGCUGACCAUUCACCCCCCUCCACCCACCGUCAGUAUUCAGAGGAAUCAGACAUCCCGUGACCCCAACACGCGGAUCACACUGCCGUCACACCCUGCCAUUGGGGCUCAAAAGCCGCAGCCUCCACAUACUAUGACACAGAAGCCCAUCUUCAAUACUGUGACACCUGCAGCAACUGUGGCACCAAUUGUUGCCACUAAUACUGUGCCAUCAACCACCACAAUAGGCACUGUGCCACAUACCCAAAUGACAAGUAGCACUAUUGUCACCAUGACAAUGGCCUCACACUCCUCUCAUGCUACAGCUGUGACCACCUCUACCAUCCCUGUUGCUAAAGUGGUCCCUCAGCCCAUCGCCCACUCUUCAUCCCGUGUGCAGCCCGACUACCCAGGAGAGAGAACCAACCUCAUCCCCAUCCCAGGCCAUCGGUCAUCUCCUAACCCUGUCACCAUGGAAGCAAGAAGUGACAACAGGCCACCUGUGCCAGUACAGUUCCAGUAUUUCCUGCCAGCAUAUUCCUCAUCAUAUCCUCUGACACACACCUACACCCCCAUCAGCAGCUCUGUAUCGACCAUCCGACAGUAUCCUGUCACUCCUCAAGCUCCUAGUUCAGCACUGCCCACACAACCUGGAGUAGGCGUGGCCACCACUGUCCAUCUGAACCACAUGCAGCUGAUGGCGGUUGAUCGUAUUGGUCUGCCCUCUGCGCAAAUCAGCACCCAAGGGAUCCAGCCUGCACCAAUCGCUGCGCAGGGUAUCCAGCCCACACCGAUAGGAGUGCAAGGCCUGCACACGUCUGCGUCAAUCACAACACAGGGAAUACAGCAGGCGCCUAUAGUCACUCAGCAGCAGCAACCGCAGUCUGAAGCCAAACCAGGGGUUGUUUUGGCUGAUGGCUUUGUAGCUAGCCCAAUCAGCAGCACAUUCAGCACCACCCAGCCAGUAGCCACCAUGGUGCAGGCACACACCCAGGGAGGAGUGGGAGGAGCUCCCACCCUGGUCUCCUCCCCUAGACCCAGCAUCCUUCGCAAAAAGCCUGCUAAUGAAAGUUGUGUUCGUAAGAACCUGAUCCCUGCCCAACCCAGCGAACCCAGCAGUGGCAGAAUUGAGAGUGGCGUGAGAGGAGCAGGAUCUCCCCGACCUGCAGGUAUGAAACCCAAAACCGAGAUUCACAUGGCAGUGACUCCUCCUGUCAUGGCCACAGUAGAAGCACUGCCCUCUCAGGGAGGAGAGCAGCAAGUGGUGUCCUCGAACGCCCAGCACCUCGCCCAAGCCAUUCCGACCAUGCUCGGCACGCCGGGAUCUGUACCUCCUUCCCAGCCCUCCACUGUCCUCUCAGCCCUGCCAGCAGCCAUGGCUGUAACUCCCCCUGUCCCCGCUUCAAUGGCCAACACCGUGGCCUCCCCAACUCAGCCUGCAGCCAGUAGCACCGCAGCCUGUGCUGCCAGCUCCACCUGCCCAGAUGUGAAAAUUAAGCAGGAGGUGGAGACCAUGGACACCCAGCCAGAUCCCAAUGCGAGCUUGUCAUCAGCCCCAGCACUCACAACCCAGGCCUCCACUCUUAGCACUCCUGCCACAGGAGAUCUGAUCCCCGGGGCCUCCCCGAGGAAGAAGCCUCGCAAGCAGCAGCAUGUUAUUUCUACAGAGGAGAGUGAAAUGGUGGAGACCAACAGCACUGAUGAGGAGAAGGCCCCAGGCAGGCCCAUCACAGGCAGGGCUGAGAGGUGUGAAUCUCCACCGAGGGAAUAUGUUGAUGAAGAAGGAGUGCGUUAUGUGCCAGUCAGGCCUCGCCCACCUGUUACCCUUUUGCGGCACUACCGUAACCCCUGGAAAGCCGCCUAUCACCACUUCCAGAGGUACAGCGAUAUCCGAGUCAAAGAGGAGAAGAAGGGCACCUUACAGGAUAUGGCUAAUCAGAGAGGCGUGGCAUGCAGAGCACAAGGCUGGAAAAUUCACCUGUGUGCUGCACAGCUCAGGCAGCUGUCGAGUUUAGAGCAUGAUGUGUACAGCCGCCUCUCUACCCUUCAAGAGGGCCUGAUUCCAAAGAAGAGAGCAGGCGCUGAUGAUGACCUUCACCGAAUCAACGAGCUUAUACAGGGUAACAUGCAGCGCUGUAAGCUGGUGAUGGACCAGGUGACCGAGGCCAGAGACACCAUGAUGAAAGUGCUCGACCACAAGGAGAAAGUGCUGAAGCUGCUCAACAAGAACGGUGCCGUCAAGAAGUCCUCCAAACUGAAGCGCAAAGAACGGGCCUAAGCUGGACCUUCUCUUCUAUCAACAACCACCACUGUCCCCCUCUCUGUAGGGAGGCCAAGGAGCUGCUCAGAGUUUGGUGCUAUGAUUUACCACAUGCAAUCAUACGCACCUGCCCUAUCUGCCUGUGAGUGGAGAGAGAGAAGUGACAGGAGGACUUCAAGAUGCAGAAAAGCCCAUGAGGAAUAGAUUCUCAUUAAAGACACAGCACACAUAUUGAGCCCAGAGCAUAGUAGGUUGCAUUAGAGUGGCCAACAGGAAGGCCUUGUCACUGUUACCUUCCUUUUUGUUCAUUUUUGAAGACCCCAGAGACCAUUUUUACUAACCUAGUUUCUGCCUCUUCUUCUAAGACAAUGUUUGAAGCUGGCACAUUGUGUAUUUGUGAUAUUUGGAACUAAAUGCAGGUGCAGUGAAUCCCUGUAAGUGAAAGUAUUUCAGUGAAGGUGAACCACCCAAGAGUUACUGAAUUGGGUUAAUCAAAAUCUCAGUCUUUUUUGAGGAGUCUUCUAGCAAACUGUGUAUCCAGACUAAUCUCAGUUGUGCUCUUUUCAUCAAUCUGUGCCUUCAUUUUGUCAGUGUACAUGAAAUGGACGGGGGGACAUGUGAAAGCAGAUUCACAUGCUGUUGAAAUAUUCUUAGAAUAUGAUUCAAAGAAAAGGGUGUGGCAAUUUCACUGCUUCCCCUUUUUUUUUCCAAGUAUCCUGCACCUGCAUUUUUCGAGUUGAUUUGUUCAUCUAGUAUGAGUUAACCAUUACCUACAUACAUUCAUUGGUUGAGGUUUAAAAAAAGGUACAGUAAAAGAGAACCUAAAUGUGGUAAAUUGAGUUUUGAGAAUUGAGAAUUGAGUAAACAUACAAAAAAGCAAAAGGUUAUCUGGAAAUAAAAAUAUACUGCAUAUGCAUUACGCCAAGUUAACAACAUUUAAAACUGCCAUGAAUCAUCCACUUAAUCCAAAGUAAAUGGAUGUCACGUCAUGGUAGUAAUAAAAUACUUUCUUUUGGUUUCAGUGCUUGAAAGAGAGAGAGUGAGUGUCCUUGUGUGAUUAAAAUGGUGGACUGACUUCAUGUAAAUCACUGUAAAUGUGCUUUUGUUUUUUUCCAUUGACCUGGUUCUUUUCAAGUUUUGUACUCAAUGAAACAUUUUGUGCUGUGUGACGUGUGCCGCUUCAUUUUGCAGAGUGUAACAAUAAUGAUGUUAUGAGAUGAAGUGAGCCUGAAACAUCCAGCUAUUGUACAUUGUUUUUGUCUGUGUAAUUAUAGUAAAGAUACUUAAACAGUA